AAAAACAAUUUAGGGUCAAAUUCCUUUCUCCUUCUUGUCAUGAUCAAAGAUUUUUCUCUCCAAACCACCCCUCCAAGCUCAAUUUUGUGUGCCCUAAUCUUAUAAUUUCACAAGUUAAUCUCUCUCUCUCUCUCUCUCUCUCCAUCCUGUAAUUACCUAAAAAUUUGCCCUACAUUUUUUUGUUGUACCUUCCGUAGUCCUCCCAUCCGGUGUGCUGGCAAAGCUCCACCAUGUUCAUCAUUUUUCAAAACACCCCAAAACCCUCUAACCCUUAAUUUUACUGCUCUCACUCUCACAAUCUCACUACCCUUUUUCUUCAUUUCCUGUCGAUAAAGAAACCAUUUGGUUUUCAACUAAAACCCACACGAGGUAAAUGUUUUUUUUUUUAAUUUAAUUUAAUUUAAUUUUUUCCCAAACAAAACAGAGCAUAUGUAUAGAGUGUAUCGCCUUUAUCUUUUGCCCUAAACAUCAAUAAAAUUUAAUUGAGUUGAUUGGGUCAAUUUGUUGAUUCUGUGUUGUACCAUUAUAUUUGAAAGAAAUACAAAGAAAGAAAAAUCGAGGUUAAUGGCAGGAUGGUCAGAAUCAGAAGAUGGGUUGGGUUUACAAAACGUUGAAAUUGUUCAGACUUUUAAGAGUAAAAACAAGUUACAUUUCGAUCUUGGUUCGUCUGUAAAAGAUGGUAAUGUUGAUGAUUGUGAUGAGAGACUGAGGAGCUUGUUUGAUCAAGUUCUUUUGGUUUUUUUGAGGGAGAUUUAUGGAGAGAAAUGCAUUCGGCCCGUUCCGGCACUACUCGGAGACGGGCAUCCAGCGGAUUUGUUUAAUCUUUUCUGGGUAGUUUGGAAAAUAGGUGGGUAUGAUUCCGUUUCGCGGAAUGGUUUGUGGGAUUUUGGUGGACUGAUAGCAUCUGUAAAGUUAGUUUAUAUGAUGUAUUUAAAUGAGCUGGAUCAAUUGUUGCGAACGAUUUGUAGAGAUAAGAGGUUGCGAAGUGGAGAGAGUGAUGUUGGUGAGAAAUUGGGUUUGUUGUUGUUGGAGUUACAGAAAGAGUUUAGAUCUUUAUUGUAUGAUGAUGAACAAGAUGUGAAGAAGAAAGAUGGUAAACUUGUGGAAUUGGAAUCGAAGAAAAAUGGGAAAUACAAUGAUUUGGAUAUCGAUAAGAAAGAGGUGAUUUUACCAGCUGCUAGAGACUUUAGUGAAGUGCAUGUUUAUGCAGAAAAAACUAUCAAUGAUGAUGACAAAAAUUUGUGUGUCAAUGAUGCAAGCAAAAUCAAUGCUUCGGACAAGACUGUUGUUAACCAAGUGUCUACUUCUAUGAAGAGAAAACGAGAGUCUCUAUCUUUUUCAGGAAUGGUGAAUUGGGUGACUGAAGUUGCAAAGCAUCCUGAUGAUCCUGCAAUCGGGAGAGUACCUGAGUGCUCUAAGUGGAAUGAUUAUAGCAGCGAUGAGUUCUGGGUCCAGGCUUUGUUGGCAAGGAAAGCUCUUUUGACAAGACAUGUCAAUUCAAACACAGUAGAAUCUCCCUUGCAGAAGAAACAAAAAAUGCAUCCCUCAAUGUAUGAUGAUAGUGAUUUUCUUAAUCACCAACCUGGCGAGCGAUUAAGAUGCAGUGAAAGGCUUCCUUCUUUUAUAAAACAUCGCUCUUGCCCCUGCUGCAACUCAUGCUCAGCCUCCGCUCAAAAUAAAGUUGCAACUCCUCGCAAGAUGGAAGUGGAGAAUAACCCAAAGGAGCAAGCUCUUUCGAGUGUGGAGAUACCUGGCACAAAUGAAAUUGAUGGCAUAUUGACCGAUGUGCCCCUCCAGAAGCACGUUUCUGUGGGCCCUCUCUUUCAAGCUGAAGUCCCCGAGUGGACCGGUGUGAUUUUCAAGAGCAAUUCAAAGUGGCUCGGCACAAGAAUGUGGCCUCCAGAAAAUGGAAUACACAAUUCCAUUAUUAAAAUGGAGCGCAUUGGCAAAGGGAGAGGAGAUUCAUGUGAUUGUCAACUUCCUGGUUCUGUUAGGUGCGUCAGAUUUCACAUUGCCGAGAACAGAAUGAAAUUGAAGUGUGAACUUGGGUUGUUGUUUUAUCAUUGGCGAUUUGAUCGGAUGGGUGAGGAAGUCUCACUUUCGUGGACAAUGACAGAAGAGAAGAGAUUCAAAGAUUUGGUAAGAUUGAAACCCCCAUCCCUAAACAAGUGCUUUUGGGAUGGCGCAUUCAAGUUCUUUCCUACCAAAACGAAGGAAAAGUUAGUGAGCUAUUACUUCAAUGUGUUCCUUGUCCGGCGCAGAACAUAUCAGAACCGAGUGACUCCAAAAGAUAUAGACAGCGAUGAUGAUGAAUCAGAAUUUGGAUGUGUAGGCGAUAGUUAUGGGCACGAGGCACUGAAUAUUCCAGGCCCUAAAUUACCCAUUUGUGUCGAGAAUAAGCAGUGCAUUGAUUUGUAGUCUAUCAUAAGGACUUCCUGGUUCUUCUGCAGAUUUGUGCCCGAUAAAUUUUGAUGAGAGCUGAAGCACUCGCGAAUGAGAGAGACUGGGAGAGCAGUUGUUAUGUAGCGGUCUCAUGUGGGUUGAGCAAAAAAUUUGGAAUUGGCACAGGUGAAGUAUAUCCAUAGUUAUAGCGAGAGUUCAGUUUAGAGAGUUUGUAAUGCAGAUUGGCGUUGCUUCUUGUGAAUAUUGUGGAGCAACACCAAAAAUACUCAUCCAAUGUUACAAGUUUUGAAAUUCUCAGAUACCAUGUAUUUACUUGAAAGGUAAGUUGAGAUGGAAGUUUCUUUUCAGCAUGGCACUUGAUAAUUCUUUA